AUGUCAAGUGCCAGGGUCCAGAGGAAAAUAUUGUUUUUCAUAUUUUCCCUAGUGAUUAGUGUGAAAAAUGUGGGAACUACUGAUCAAGUCAAUUGUUCGAGAUAUUUCAAGGGGAAUCGAGCGUCAAUUUCUUGUGCUAAUGCCGGACUUGAUGAAUUUCCAGAGAAUAUAACUGAAUUGGUUCAGCACUUGGAUUUAUCAGGAAACAACUUGAAGUAUAUACCAGAGGACAUUGGACGUCUGGUGGAGUUGAAGUACCUGAACCUAGCGAGGAACAAGUUGAAGGGGUUGCCUGAUCAGUUUGGGGAGCUCUGGAAACUGGAGAGACUCGACUUGAGCCAGAACGACAUUCAUGAUGUUGCGGGUGGAAUUGGAGUGAUCACCAGACUUCCGAACUUGAGGAUUUUGUAUCUCAAGGAGAAUCCCAUCUCGAGCCUGGAGGACUUGGCGAAUGUGGCUGUGAGAGCUGUCGAUGCCAGCUACUGCUCAAUAAAAAACAUCACAAACGUAUCAUUACUCGGACUCCCUGAACUGGUAUCACUCAACCUGGCCGGGAAUCCUCUGAAGACACUCCAGGAUAUCCAGAAUGAUAAACUGAAAUGGCUGGAUUUAUCGAGCUGCAGGCUGAAUUAUCUCGUUCCAGAUACUUUCAAGGGACUCCCUGCCUUGGAGCAUCUUAAAAUAUCGAACAACCCGACACUCGUCUACAGCACCAGAAAAGAAACACUGAAGCACAAUGUACUAAAAAGACUCGACGCAUCAGGCUGCAACCUGGAUCGCCCAGGACUCCACGGCUUACCGUCACUGACUCACGUGACAUUAUCUCGAAACGUCAUACGCUUCCUUCCCGAUCGAAUUUUCGGUAAAAAUCCCGCAGUGAUUGACUUAAAUCUGAGUGGAAAUGGAUUAGCCCGAGUGAACGCCAGUUCCUUCGUAGGAAUGCCGCGAUUAGAGCAAUUAGACCUCUCCGGAAACAACUUGGAGACGCUCCCGACUGUAGCAUUUCGCGACAAUGUGGAACUGAACACCUUGAACCUCUCUUAUAAUGAUAUUAGAAAUUUUCCCAGGCGUCUGUCGACGUCUGUUGUUAACCUGGACUUGUCUGCGAACCUCAUCGAAGAGGUUCCGAGGGAUAGUUUGACGAAUAUGUGGAGGAUAAGCGGUCUGGAUUUGAGCAGAAAUCGAUUGGAAAGGUUUGAGACAGGGGUGGAGUCGAAAACCUUGACGACUUUGGACCUGGAGGGGAAUAGAUUGACCAGAUUAUCUAAUGAAAGCUUUGAUAAUCUACCGAUGCUGAGGAAACUCGACUUGUCAGGAAAUAGAUUGACCGAGGGUUUCCCCUGGGAAAUAUUUACACACAAUCAAGAGCUAAAAAAAAUCCACCUGCAUGACAAUCCCUGGCGCUGUGACUGCGAUCAAUUACUGCCCACCUACCUGUACCUGAUCCAAACGCCCAGAAAGACAAACCUCCUCACGCUGAUCUGUCACAGUCCAAGUAACGUGUCCGGAUAUACCUGGGCCACUGCCUGCGGUAAAGUCUGGACCCAAAAUCCCGAAGACCAAUUAACCAACAACAAAUCAUUCGCGAUAGUAAUGCUUGGAGUGUUGGUCGCUUUUUUUGCAUUCGGUAGUGCAGUCUCCAUUGGCCACACCGUAAAAACCAAGAGGAGACAGGCAGAGUUGAGGGUGAGAGAGGCCGAAAGGGCUGAAGCCAGGGAAAGACUGAUACUCCAUCGAAGGAGUAGAGAAUUGGAAGCGGAGCUCAAUCGUCAAGAGCAGCAUCAGCCUAGAAUCAACCCAGCAGAGUUACUGGGUCCUCCGACCUACGAAGAAGCAGUAGAAAUGCCGAGAAUCGGUCGGUCUCUAGACACUUUGAAUGACAUUUCUACUGAGGGUCUGGGCCACUCUCAGCCAUCCCUAUCCCAAAACGCUUGGGAACGAAAGAAAAGAAUGCAGAGAAAGAGACCACCGAAAAGAGCGCGGAGUGAGAACGAUUUGCUGUCCAGAAGAGACGAAAGAGCCAAAAGACCGGACAGAAUCAUAAAAAAUGUGCGAUCAACAUCAUCCCCUCGAAGAUCCACUUCGAAGUCCUCCAUUUCACAAAGUAUCAUAACAAAAAAGGAAGAUUCAAGAAGGCAGAGUGAGUCGGAGGACCCCGCGAGUGAUGCCAAUGACACCUGGAAGAGAACGAGGUCAAGACCAUCGAUAAAUAAGAAGAAAAAAAUUGUUUCGAUGAGGAGAAAUGGAAAUUCCAGUGAUGAUGAGGAUUCCGAUCGGAAGUCGAUGUUGAAGGUUGUUAAAGCGGCAGAAAACGAUGAGAAAAUUAGGGUAAUGGAGCUACCACGUGAACCCAGGAGUGGAACUUACAGGCCACCACCUUCACCAUCUCCUGUGUCAUCACCUGAGGCUUCCGAUCCUUCACAUGUGGUGUCUAGAAGUCGACUAGUUUAAGCGUACAGUGUCCUAAACCGUAUCGUACAUAUCACAGGGGUAACCCGAGGGGUCAUUUGAAAACGAAAGCUCUCAUGGAUGUUUUAUCUCUGACGCUUUGUUUAUCAGUGUUUAAAAUGCGAAAAUAUAUGAUUUAUUCACACUGUCUGCACUGGAUUCACAGUUUCCAUAUCAACAUUUUUUUUUAAAGGUUGGUUUUACCUGCUUGGCCAAACUUGUGGGACAAUGCUAACAGAGAACAAUGCUAACACAAGAACAGUUGCCAUCAUCAAUGAUAUUCAAUCGGCCCUUGUUUAUGAGUUAUCAAGAAAAAACGACAGCCAAUCAAACGCUAUUCCCCGACAGAGAAAUCAUAUCCUCUUUCCCAUUUAAGGCGGAAGGAUGAUCGCAUUAAAUGUCUAAUUGAUUCCAAUUAAUUUCGUCCCUCGAUAUUGAAUGAGAGUGGAGAUACGAAUUUUUGACGUUGACUCUGAUUUUUAGGGUCACAUUUCGUGUAGGAACCAAAUGGCUCUUACGCCGCGGUGAAAUUCAUUGCGAGUUGCUUCACCCGGGCAUGAUCCAGCCCAAGUGAGAGAGGAGAUAUUGAUUUUCAAAUAGAGGGUGAUUUGCGGUGGAUUUUUGCUUGUUAACGAAAAACUCCUUAACGACGCGCAGGAGACAAAAAUUGUAUUCGACUUCAUCUCCAAACAACUCCCUCAAGCCUACCCUCACGAUAUGUACGAUGAAUUUCGGGACACCCUGCAUGCGCUGAAUCAUGUUUUUCAUCUUUUCAUUUUCAUUCAUUUCAGUUUUUAUUUCAUGUUCAAUCGUUGACAGAAUUUAUUGAAAUAAAUGAUUAAUCAUCAUCAUUAUUAUUAAUGUAUACAUUUACAUGUGUUGAUAAAAACAUUUUUUACAACAUGUACAAAUCUCUAUUGGUUUUUUCUCCAUCCUUUUUCGUUCUGUAUCUCAUACUUUGAGGUCUAGCAUAUUAUAUUACGUAUACAUAUAAAUAUCGCCUCAUCAUUGUCAACAAAAUAAUAAUUCAUCAUACAAUUGGAUAUUACGUAACAAAGAUAUUCAUUUUGAUUUUCGAAUAAUCGAUUGAAGAUGAGGAAAGGAGUAAUAAGUGAAUCACUGAAGAAGAAAUAAAUUUAAUGAUAAACACAAUC